AUUUAAAGAGACAUGGAUCUUGAAAGAAUCAUUCGAGACUCUCUGACGUGCUUCAUCCAGUCCCACGUCCCUGAUGCCGAUCUCAGGACCUCAGAUUAUCCCUGAAAAUCUGCCCUACAACUAUUGACGAGGUCCUACCUGCCUUCACUUGCGAGAUCUGAUCCAAUCAUAGCACAGGAAGCUGGCCAAGUGGGUCCUGUGACUGCAGUUGCACUAGGUGGAAGGGCACUAGAGGGUGUUCUGGAAGAACUAGGCUCACCAGAGUCGUCCGAGGAGAACUUUGAUAUGGACACCUUUGUGGAAAUGAUGGAGGCGUAUAUCCCUGGCUUUGCAGAAAUCAACAGCGGGAACAUUUGUGAAAUGAUGUUUGCCCUCUCGGAAAGGCUCAGCGAAGCUCGCAACAAAGGAAACGUUUGCCAAAAGGCUGUGGAGAGUGUGAGCAGAGCCCCCGCUGAAGAGCUGAACCAGAGCGAUGAGCAGGGGGCAGAAGCUUCUGAUGAGAGGAGGCUGCAUAUACCAGCAGAGGGAGCUGUAGCUCAGGGAGCAGAAGGUGACCUGAAGGAUGGGGUGGAGCUGCUCCUGGAGAUGUUCCCAGCCUGCACCCUCAGCCAGGCUCAGAAGGCACUGGCCAUGGUGCUGGGAAACCUGGAAGAGGCGGUGCAGUUACUGGUGGAGGAGAAGGUGGAACCUGGCGCAGUGGGCGCUAAUGUGAAGGAGACAGCAAGGCCCCGCCGAGCACCCAAACAAGAGGAUCUCAAACGAUUUAUCUUACAGAAAUACAUGAUGGUGGACAGCGAGGAGGACCAGAAAACACACAGGCCGGUGCCACCAAAGGAGGCUCCCAAGAAACUGAUCCGCUACAUUGACAACCAGGUGGUGAGUACAAAGGGAGAAAGGUACAAAGACAUUAAGAAGCCAGAGAGUGAGGAGAUGAAGAGAACUUACAUCAGCCUCAAGCCAGCCAAGAAAUACAAAUUCCACUGACUGACGUUCCCUGCAAGGCAUCGUCCUCUACCCUGCUGCCUGAGGCAUGGAGGGACAGCCCUGGGGCAGGAAGGGUGAGAGGGGCCUUCUACACUCCUCUAACUGGAACUAACCUACCACUGGGAGCCAGCAUGCUGCUGUCAGCCUCUAAUUAUAGCAUGAUGCCACAGAGGAGCCUGUUCAGCAACGCUGUUUGUGUAACCCUCCAAAUUGUCCCUCCGCAGCCAGGAGCCAGCUGUCGCUAUGGCAAAUUUGACCAACCCAGCUGCUGUGUGUCCUGGACCUCUCUGCCAUUCCUUGCAUGGGGAUUUUUUAUAGCUAAUGUGUGGCUAGUGCAGUUGACAGCCACCUUUUUAAAUGUGUGUGCAAUAGUGUUGAUUAUGACUGUUAGUAAAGAUGGUGUGAAUUAGUGUGGAAUUCAGACAGACCAUGUCUGCUCCUGGGAAGGGUCACCAGGGUCUCAUGGUUGGUUGGAGGCUCAAGCUGCAUCCUUCUCUCUCAUGCCCCAGGCGGGGACGUGGCAGAGAUGGUGCCUGCAGACUGGCUACAUGCAGCUCCUUUAGCAGUUUGAAUGCACAGCGAGUGUAAGGGCUUAGGCUAGAAACUAGGCCUGGUAUUGUGAGCUCCCCACACCUCUGCCAGCACAAUUCCUGCUGGAUCUGCAGCACCCCGAUGGGGCCGGCAGCUGAGGACACCCCUACGGGGCCCUGCUAUUUCAGGGCUGGAACCUGAGUGGCAGCCACCAGCCCUGUGAUGAGCAGGGGACACAGCUCAGGAUGAAGGCUUGCUACACUUCUGAACAAACUCAGAUGUGAACUGAGUUCCCCGGCAGUAAGAACCCUCAGAGGCCUCGCUCUUCUCCCUGCCGUAGCAGUUGGGAAUCAGGCCCCCCCUCUCCAGGGCUAGUGUCACUUUCCCCUCCAGCCCACACUUGGAGCUAGGGCUGUGAUUCCCAGCUCUCAUCGAGCCACAUGCUAAGAACAGCAGUGUAGCUGCAGUAG